AUGUUCCGACGCAACAAGAGGCCCUGGCUGCAAGAAGGAAGAGGGCCUCCACCAGAACGCGACCGAGCAGGUGCCUCCAGAGCCGUAAGGUAUCAGUUUCUGUUGUUUACAAGCCACCCAGUCUGCGGGGCUUUGUUACAGCAGCUUGAACAGAUCAAGGCCGCCGGAACCCCGCAGUUUGCUCAGCGCCCUGCGCCCCUCACCGCCCUCCCUGGAGCAGCUUCCAAGGCUGACAGCCCGAGCCGACCGGCGGCGGCAGCGGCUUUCGCUUUCCCGGCCAGCGUCCUCUGCCCGGGGGUCAGGUGGCCGCCCUGCGAGGUGUGCUACGCGACCCGGUCCACGGAUGAAGGUGCCCCUGACCCUGUGCGGGGCCCCGCAGGGCGGGUGACCCCGCGGAUGGACGCUCACAAGCUGCGACCCCAGAAGAGACCGCAGUGUCUGGUCCUCUCACCGACCCGGGGGGCAAGCAGGUGCGGGAUAGACCCUUCCUUUCGCCCCGAGCAGGUCCAGCCUCACCCUUCAUCAGAGAGUAUUCCUCCCUGUCUGGGAAAGAAAAGCAGCCUCCAGGAAAAUCCAUCUCUUCCACCAGCUUCAGAACCCGCUCGGGGACUGAUGCACCCCGCCCACCCCCGCCCCGACACCCCACUUAAGGUGCUCAGCGGAGAGCUGAAGGAAGGAAGGUGGGGAGAUGAAAGGCCCAGAGGAAACAGGACGGCUCGCAUUUCUGCACAGAGGGAGGGAGGGCAGAAAGGCAGCAGGGUGGCAGACAGGAAGAGUGGGGCGGAUGCCCUGAGCAGGCCGCGGGAGGACGGCCUCCGGGAGCACAGCUGUCCCGGCCGUGUGCACAGACACUGGAAGGCGGCCCUGGGGCCUCCGCCGGCAGCUCCUUCGAUGGCGGAGGUGGCAUCUGCGAGGGCGCUCGGGGCUCCAGAGCCCUAG